AUGCGGUGCAAGGAGGCUGCUGAGAUCGCAAGUUACUUUCACGGGUUUCACGCAAGGCUGUUCCCGGCCGCCCAGUGGCUCGCCUUUGGUGAUCAAAUUACCCAGAAACUGAAUACCUACCCCUCUGUAUGGGUGGGCCCCGUCUCCGACCUCGGUGGAAGUGACGACCUCCCUCCAGUACUUCAUGCUGGCAUCUCAGUGUGCUUACAUGUAAAGGCCCCUCACAAGCCGGGAUGGGAGGAUGACGUUGUGAAGAAUCUCAGCGACCUUUUGGACGUCAGAAACGUAUCGCUCCACAACAUGUACCCCACCCUUGUCCCCAGCAACCUGGAGCAAAUUGAGCGUCUUCGUUUCUACCUACCUCAGGAGAAGCCGGAAGGGGAUGAAAGUGUAAUAAUCAAGAAAUGGAUCGAAGCACUUCGCGACGGUGUGGAUGAUGAUAUUCCCUGGUUAGGGAGCCGCGGCUUUCGAAUUGACAUUUACCAUACUGGCGCUACGGACAUAGAUGCGAUACUAGCCAUUCUAGAGGAGACGCCUGAGGAGGUGGAGCGAUGGAAGAAGAUUCUGCAUCUUCAUGACUCGUCUUCGGUGGAGCCUUGUCCGGGGUGUGGAGGUAUAUAG